AUGGUCAAAUCAACUGCCCUUCUCUCCGCCUUCUUCUCUCUGCUGGCUUCCACUGCCGCAGUGACGGUGCCUGACACUGACUACGAUGUUAUUGUCGUUGGUGGCGGGCCGGCUGGUCUCAGUGCGCUCAGUGGCGUCUCUCGUGUGCGUCGGACGGCGUUGUUAAUUGACAGUGGUCACUAUCGCAAUGAUCCAACUCGGGAGAUGCACGACGUGAUUGGCAAUGACGGCACUCCUCCGGCCAAAUUCCGAAGCCUUGCGCGUGAGCAGAUCCUGCAGUAUGACACUGCCACUAUUGAAGAUGAUACUGUCGAGACCAUCGAUCCGAUUGGAGGGGGAGACUUUUCUUCCUUCAAUGUGAAGAUAACCAACGGAACAACCUAUACUGCACGUAAGAUUGUUCUCGGUACUGGUGUCUACGACAUCCUCCCCGAUACCCCUGGAUUGAAAGAGGGCUUCGGCAAGGGUAUCUGGUGGUGCCCCUGGUGUGAUGGUUAUGAGCACCGCGACCAGCCCUUCGGCAUGAUUGGUGAUAUCAGCGACAUGCUCUCCAACGUCCUAGAGGUGCACACUCUGUACAGCGACAUGAUUGCCUUUGUCAACGGCACUCAGACCCCCGAAGGCGAAGCUCGUGCCGCAGCCAAGGUCUCUGACUGGAAGGAGCAGCUCGAGGCUUGGGGCACCAAGAUCGACAACCGCACCAUUGCCUCGAUUGAGCGCCUUCAGGACGGCGGCAAGAACCGCAGCGAUACUGAGCACGCCCAGUAUGACAAGUUCCGCGUGCACUUCACUACUGGCGAACCUGUCGAGCGCAAUGCUUUCAUUAUCAACGUUCCCACUGCCCAGUACUCGUCGCUGCCUACCCAAAUGGGCCUGGACAUGGCCGGCGGCAAGAUCAAUGUUACCAGCGGAAUGCGCACCAGUGAAGCUGGUGUCUUUGCUGUUGGUGACGCGAAUAGUGAUGGAAGUACUAAUGUCCCACAUGCUAUGUUCAGUGGCAAGAAGGCCGCUGUUUACCUUCAUGUUGAAAUGUCUCGUGAGGAGUCAAAAUCCAAGGUCUCCAAGCGUGAAGGCCUUUCCCGCCGUGAGCUCGAGAAGGAGGCUGACCGCGCCAUUGGUGACAACCUUGACAAGGUGUGGGAGCGUGUUCUGAGGAUGUAA